UAUAAUAUUCCAUUCUCAUUCUCAUUCUCAUUUUCGCCCCCAUUGAAGCCGACAAACCAUUUUUCUCUUUUUCACCUAACAAUGUCAAACGAGAUUCGAUUCUUCAGUCUCAACACCGGAGCCAAGAUCCCUUCCGUCGGCUUGGGUACUUGGCAGUCUGAUCCUGGCCUCGUCGCUCAAGCCGUUGCCGCCGCGAUCAAGGCUGGUUACCGUCACAUUGAUUGUGCUCAAGUCUAUGGCAAUGAGAAGGAGAUUGGCUCUAUUUUGAAGAAAUUGUUUGCCGAAGGCGUAGUGAAACGUGAAGAUUUGUGGAUUACCUCUAAACUCUGGAAUACUGAUCAUGCUCCAGAAGAUGUGCCGCUAGCAUUGGACAGGACUUUGACAGACUUACAGCUUGAUUAUGUUGAUUUGUAUCUUAUCCACUGGCCUGCUCCGAUGAAGAAAGGAUCAGUAGGCUUCAAAGCUGAAAAUCUAGUGCAACCUAACUUAGCCAGCACAUGGAAGGCAAUGGAAGCACUCUAUGACUCAGGCAAGGCACGGGCUAUAGGUGUAAGCAAUUUCUCUUCCAAGAAGUUGGGGGAUUUGCUCGAGGUUGCCCGUGUUCCUCCUGCUGUCAAUCAAGUAGAAUGCCAUCCUUCCUGGAGGCAGGACAAGCUGCGUGAUUUCUGUAAUUCCAAAGGUGUCCACCUCUCUGGAUAUUCACCUUUGGGUUCCCCUGGAACAACCUGGCUUCAAAGUGAUGUCAUUAAGCAUCCAGUUCUUAACAUGAUUGCUGGGAAACUAGGCAAGACUCCUGCUCAGGUAUCUCUUCGCUGGGGAUUGCAAAUGGGUCAUAGUGUACUUCCCAAGAGUACAAAUGAAGCAAGGAUAAAUGAAAAUUUUGAUGUUUUUGAUUGGGCUAUACCUGAAGACUUGUUUGCUAAAUUUUCUGAGAUUCAACAGGCAAGAUUACUCCGGGGUGCCUCAUUUGUUCAUGAAACUUAUGGUGGCUACAGAUCUGUUGAAGAACUUUGGGAUGGUGAAAUCUAAGCAGUCUUCUCAGUAGCAGAUUUCGUCAGUGGAUGGAAUAAGAGAAAGCCUUUGUCUUUGUGUUGUAGGUGUUUGUGUGUGUGUGUGUUGUUAGAUUGUUGACUUCAUGAAAUUUUACAAGGUGCUUAUUUUGAGACUUUCUGUAUCUCUGUUAUUACCCAAUCCAUAAGAAUAUAUGAACUUAUGGAAACUA